CUUCUCCUUCCCCUCUCUCUCUCUCUUCUUUCUCUCUCAUCACAUAUACACACACCUAUAUAUAUAUAUAUAUACACCACAUAAAUGAUCACAAAAUUCAUCAACAAACUAAAGAUCCAUACAUACACACAACUUUACAUCCUCCCCUCAAUUUAUUGACUCUUCUCAUCUCAAAAAAAAAAAAAAAAAAAAAAAAAAAAAAUUUCUCCAGUUAAUUAAUUUACAGAAGAAAUUACAGUAAACCGCCGCCAUGGAAAUGAUCGAAAGCAGCUUAGAAAUCAGUACGUUGAUGAAGAUCGCGCUCUUCAUCCUCGUACAAGGACUGGUUUAUCUGAUCCUCUCACAAUCGUCAAACGUUUUCUCCAAGACUCAGAGAUCCCACAGCUUCAAGACCGCCCGUACUCUCAGCAUCCGCCGCUGGGCCGCCGCUCUCUCUGAUAUUCCGGCCGGCGGCGAGUCCUCUCCCUCUCCCAGGGGCUUCCUCCGCUCCUUCAGCAGGAGAGAUUAGGGUUCAUGUAUCGGCUAUCGCCGCCGCCGCGAUCAUUUAUUAUUCGUCGUGAUUUUUUAGGUUUUCUCUGGCUUUUGAUUUUUUUUUUUUUUCUGUAUUUAAAAAUAAAUAAAUUAUAUGUGGCAGUUGCUUGCAUGAUGUAUAAUUUCAUAAAUUAUUCUUUUAUUCUUUGUAUUUGGUUUAUUAUAAAUAAGUGGACCUUUUUAAUUUA